CGGCGUGCGAACGCGCGCACCUCUGCACGUGCAUGGCGCGCCUGACUGGAUGCCUCGCGCCUUCGGGGAAUGGAUUCGCCUGAGGUAGAGACGUCUACCGCGUCGAUCCCUGAAGAUGACUGCCUCAGUGUCCGAAAAUGGUGGUGCUUUCUCCUGUCGUCGAUCUUCACUUUCCUCGCGGGGCUGCUGGUCGUGGUGGUAUGGCGCGCGUGCGCGUUCGUCUGCUGCCGCAAGGAGCCGGAGCUUGCUCCCAACGACCCCAAGCAGAAAGAGCAGAAGGCGGCGCGGCAGGGCAAACAGGAGUUCGAGGGCACCUUCAUGACCGAGGCCAAGGAUUGGGCCGGCGAACUUAUCUCCGGUCAAACCACCACCGGACGAAUACUGGUAGUGUUGGUGUUCAUCCUGAGUAUAGCAUCACUUAUCAUCUACUUCAUUGACGCCUCCAGCGAGGAUGUGGAGCGAUGCCAGAAAUGGAGUGACAAUAUUACUCAGCAGAUCGACCUUGCCUUUAACAUAUUUUUUAUGGUCUACUUUUUUAUACGAUUUAUAGCAGCUAGUGACAAACUAUGGUUCAUGCUCGAGAUGUAUUCAUUUGUAGAUUAUUUCACGAUACCCCCAUCCUUUGUAUCAAUAUACCUGGAUAGAACGUGGAUAGGGCUAAGGUUUCUCAGAGCUCUACGCUUAAUGACCGUGCCUGAUAUUUUGCAGUACCUCAAUAUAUUAAAAACAUCGAGCUCGAUUCGUUUGGCGCAAUUAGUUUCUAUAUUCAUAUCAGUGUGGCUUACAGCUGCAGGUAUUAUUCAUUUGCUGGAGAACUCCGGCGACCCGUUGGAGUUUGAGAACGCGCAGAAACUAUCGUACUGGACGUGUGUGUACUUCCUUAUAGUCACCAUGUCCACUGUAGGUUACGGUGAUGUGUUUUGUCACACAGUACUUGGCAGAACCUUUUUGGUUUUUUUUCUCCUCGUUGGCUUGGCAAUGUUCGCUAGUAGCAUUCCCGAAAUUAUAGAGCUGGUAGGAAGUAGGUCCAAGUACAGUGGCGAGCUGAAGCGUGAACAUGGAAAAAGGCAUAUUGUUGUAUGUGGCCAUAUAACAUACGAGUCAGUGAGCCAUUUUUUAAAAGACUUCCUACAUGAAGACAGAGAAGACGUAGAUGUUGAGGUUGUUUUUUUACACAGGAAACCGCCCGACUUGGAGCUCGAAGGCCUGUUCAAGAGACACUUUACCACUGUGGAAUUCUUUCAAGGCACCAUUAUGAACCCAAUCGACCUACAGAGGGUAAAAGUACAUGAAGCGGAUGCCUGUUUAGUGCUAGCCAAUAAAUACUGCCAAGACCCUGAUGCUGAAGACGCUGCGAAUAUUAUGAGGGUCAUCUCCAUCAAGAAUUACUCAGAUGACAUCAGGGUUAUCAUCCAACUCAUGCAAUAUCACAAUAAGGCCUAUCUUCUCAACAUUCCAUCUUGGGACUGGAAGCAGGGAGACGACGUGAUUUGUUUAGCAGAACUGAAGUUGGGCUUCAUCGCGCAAAGUUGCCUCGCACCAGGCUUCUCCACCAUGAUGGCGAACCUCUUCGCUAUGAGGAGUUUCAAGACGUCCCCCGACACACAAGCUUGGCAGAACGAUUACCUGCAGGGUACUGGCUGCGAGAUGUACACGGAGACUCUAUCGACGUCGUUUACUGGGAUGAGCUUCCCUCAAGCGAGCGAGUUAUGCUUCACAAAACUCAAACUGCUGCUGUUAGCUAUAGAAAUCAAGGGUGAAGAAGGGGCGGACAGCAAAAUUUCCAUCAACCCUCGAAACGCGAAGAUAUUGGCCAACACACAAGGGUUUUUCAUAGCACAGUCGGCUGACGAAGUAAAGAGAGCUUGGUACUACUGUAAAGCCUGCCACGAGGACAUCAAAGACGAGACACUCAUCAAGAAAUGCAAAUGCAAAAACUAUGUCGGAAUGAUGAUGAUGCAGACUGGGAUGGUGAAACAAAAUCUUAAUACAUAUCGAGGUUGUCUCGACGUGGCUACAUUCAGGAAGGGCGUACGAGCCGUCCAGAUGGUUGGCAGGGCAAAUGACCACCAUCCUCCCCCCACCUUCACGCCGCCAGAGUUGCCCAAGAAGGUCCAUGUUCGAGGUGAAAUUGCAAGAGAACGAGGAGAAGAUACAAGUUUGAUCAACCGGAACCAUCGGAACGCGGUGCCGCAGGGCCUCAUAUCUCCCAUGGCUAACCAACUCAUCAACACCACCACAACGAGGCAGGUCAACAAGGUGAAACCCAACGUGAAUAGAGCACCACCCGAUACGAAUCUUCAGGAGCAAGAUACCAAUUACCAGGCGUAUCACCUUGCCUACGAAGUCAAAAAGCUCAUGCCUACAAGCAGGAGUAGCGGUGGUAAUCAAAACAGUAACGGUGUAAGUUUGCCAGCCGGCCUGGCGGACGACCAGUCGAAGGAUUUCGACUUUGAAAAGACUGAAAUGAAGUACGACUCUACUGGAAUGUUCCAUUGGAGCCCCGCAAGAAACCUGGAGGAUUGUAUAUUGGAUAGAAACCAAGCGGCCAUGACGGUGCUGAACGGUCACGUGGUAGUGUGCCUAUUCGCCGACCCUGAUUCUCCACUAAUUGGUCUCCGCAACCUGGUGAUGCCUCUCAGAGCUUCGAACUUCCACUAUCACGAACUCAAGCACGUGGUGAUCGUCGGCAGCGUCGAAUAUAUACGAAGAGAAUGGAAGAUGCUUCAAAACUUACCGAAGAUAUCUGUAUUGAAUGGUUCACCGCUAAGCCGGGCCGACUUGCGUGCAGUUAAUGUAAACCUCUGCGACAUGUGCUGCAUCCUGUCAGCGAAGGUGCCAUCGAACGAUGACCCGACGCUGGCUGACAAGGAAGCUAUCUUGGCUUCGUUGAACAUCAAAGCUAUGACGUUCGAUGACACCAUCGGCGUGUUGAGUGCGGGUGUCGGUACCAACGGGAGUAGCACUGCGCAGCCGCCCAGCGGGACAGCGCCAGCGCCUGUACUGCUGCAGCGGAGAGGAUCCGUUUACGGUGCCAAUGUGCCUAUGAUUACUGAGCUGGUGAACGACAGCAACGUACAGUUCCUGGACCAGGACGACGACGACGACCCGGACACGGAGCUGUACCUCACGCAGCCGUUCGCCUGCGGCACUGCCUUCGCGGUCAGCGUGCUCGACUCGCUCAUGUCUACCACAUACUUCAACCAGAAUGCCUUAACGCUAAUCCGUUCGCUGAUCACGGGCGGCGCUACUCCUGAGCUGGAGCUCAUCCUGGCCGAGGGAGCUGGCCUCCGAGGCGGAUACUCCACGCCAGAGAGUUUAUCUAACAGAGACCGGUGUAGAGUGGGCCAGAUAUCGCUAUACGACGGUCCUCUGGCCCAAUUCGGCGAGGCCGGAAAGUACGGGGACUUGUUCGUGGCGGCCCUGCGCUCGUACGGGAUGCUUUGUAUAGGCCUGUACCGGUUUAGAGACACGUCGUCCUCGUGUGAUGCGAGCAGCAAGCGAUAUGUGAUCACGAACCCGCCUGAUGACUUCAGUUUACUGCCUACUGAUCAGGUGUUCGUCCUAAUGCAGUUCGACCCAGGCGUGGAGUACCGGUCAAACAGACGAGCGGGCUCGGCGACCGGCAGCGGCGGCAAGGACGACGCCUCCUGACUAUUGCUGUGCAGCGCCCUCACUGACGGACCCUACUCCUACAUCUAGGCGGGGGGCCGUUUCCGCGGCCGCAAUUAGAGAUCCGGGGGCACUCCGGGUGACCCGGACACUCUGGACACACCGGACGUUCCGGCCACUUCGGACGCACCGGAAACUCCGGGCACUUCGGAUGUUCUGGAAACUCCGGAUGUUCUGGACACUCCGGACGUUCCGGACACUCCGGGCUAGUUGCGUCCGCGCACACCGAACACUCCGACAAUCCAACCCUAACCGACUCGGCGGACCCUUCCCAGAUCGUUUUCUUUCGUUUCCUUUUCCACUGUUUUAACACGAUGGACACUGCACCGCAAAUCACAAACCGAUGCACUUAGAGGACACGUGAUCGACUCAAUUUUGUUUUAUUUAAUGUUAAACACACCAUUCCGGUCUCACAUUAAAUAUGUUCCCGAAAUAAUAUACAGAGUGAUCCAAUCUAAGAUUUGUAUCGGUCGAUAUUAUCUGUGUUAGACAAGCUUUCGAUGUUUUAAAGUUUUAGUGGUGGCAUUUUAAGAUGAACGAUGUCAUGUUGAUGAACUAGUGAAGUGUGUUGUAGGACGACACAAGUUUGGAUUGAAUCGCUCUGUAAAUAAAGCACACUGCACAUUUCACAAUUUCAGUUACGAGGAGGUAGGUAAUAAUAUGUCAUUACAACUUGAGUUAAAUGGCGUUGAUAAAUAUUUUUAAUUUAAAGGAGAUCAAAUGCUCAAUAUUUAAUGGAACCUUUUAAACUUUUAAUUGCAUGACAUAUUUAGAUUUGUUAGUGGGACAAUUAUUAUAUUACUACAUUUAUAUUGAUGUAUAUAGCUUUUCUCUUUUUUUUAGAAUAUCCAUUCCUUAUUCAGUAGAUUUUCUCGCAUCACAUAUAUAAGGCGCUAUAUCUACGAAGCUAAAAUAUUUUAAGCAUUUAAAAUAUAUAUCGACUGAUUGAUUGUUAAGCACUUCACACGUCGGUAUAUGAGUUUAUGUUGUGAUUGACCCACAUUGAUUAUAGUUAAGUAAGUUUUGUUUUAUGUUUUGAAUUCGCAGUGAGUUCAUCUUCUCUAGUUAUAAAGACUUGCAUUUUUUUUUUAUUAUUUAACACUUAUGGUAGCAGCCUGCGUAUGCCAUUGUUUCCAUUGAUCAUAGACUCAUCUCUACACAUAUGUAUACUUUUAUUAUAAUUAGUAUAGUUGUUUAUUUUCGUUAAGAUCUAUGGCCGUUUUUACUUUUGCGAGAUCUCCACGGAAAUAUACUUUAGACUUUUAUUUUAUAAUUUAGACUUUAUUUUAACUAUUCACAUUUAGUGUCAUAUUUUGUUUAUUUUUUUAAUAAAACUAUUAAGCUUUUUGUUAUUUUUAUUUUAAUUAUUUUUUCAACAUUUCCCUAGCGUUGGGUGGGGAUUGUCAAAGUGGACGUGAAUUAUGGCGCUGCACAUAAAAAGAUCUUAUGAACUGAAACCAAUUAUACGAAAAAGAAAUACUAAAAAUGCCAUUGCGUGAAUGUAACCUCUGUGGAAGUAUUAUUGCGUGGCACGCUCUGUGCAAAGUGUAAUUUUGCUGUAAAUGUGUGAUAUUAUUUUCGAAACGUCGUUGUUAUUAUGAGUAUAGGGCUUGUGAAGCCUGCAAUGUAUUUAGUGUUAACUCCGGGUGCUUUGACGAUUGUGUAUUCUUCAUAGUUUACUAUGUUAAUUGUAUUAGAUAAGAUGACUUUUAAUCGACUGCAUGUGGUAAUUAAGCAUGAUUCACCAUCGAUAUGCAUUGCGUGCAGUUGGUUAGAGGUACUUUUUAGAAUUUACUAGAUAUUAGUAACAUUCGCCUCACAUUUAGAACUGUCAUUAUGCAGAGCAAGAACAUAGUAAUUCAAUAAUUACUAAAUACAUACUACAAGAUGUUUGAUGAAAACGACAUUAGUACAUUGAUAGAUACAGUACAACCAUCCUGCAGUUCUAAGUAACAUUCGCACGCAUAAGAGCACCAAA